CCUAUGCAGAUUAGGGGGCGGUGCCUGCAUGUUGAUGUGCUGGGUUCGCUGCGGACACUGCUGGGAACCCAGCGGGUCCCGCUGCGGUUCGGCUUGAGGUGGCUCCUCUCUUCCGCCCCCCUGGUCCCUGGGUCCCUGCCCUCCUGGGACCGCGCUCCACCUUGACCCUCAUCCAUUGGCCUCUCCUACUCCCUCGCUAGUGUCCCCCACACCCGAACAUCUCCAUUCCCGGCGCCCCCCGGUUUGUCCCCUCCCGCCGCAAACCCCACGACCUCCAGCAGCCCGCCCCCGCGGCCCCCAUCCUGCCCGGCGGCUCCCGCCGCAGCCUUCUCGGCCCUCGCGCUCUCCCAGGACUCUCCCGGCUGCGCCCCCGGGUGUCCGCCCGCCGGCUGCCCGGCUCCCUCCUCCUCCCGCCCCUUCGGAGACCCCUCUCCACCCCCGGGCAGCCGGCAUGCAGGUGUCCAUCGCAUGUACCGAGCAGAACCUGCGCAGCCGGAGCAUCGAGGACCGUCUGUGCGGCCCCCGGCCGGGCCCCGGGGGCGGUAAUAGCGGGCCGAUCGGCGAGGGGCACGGGAAUCCCACGGGGGGAGGAGGGCUGGGGCCCAAGGCCCGAGCCGCACUGGUCCAUCGACCCCCAGCGACCGCGGGAGCCCUUCGAGAGAGCACCGGCCGAGGCACUGGCAUGAAAUACAGGAACCUGGGAAAGUCUGGUCUUCGUGUAUCCUGUCUUGGCUUGGGUACCUGGGUCACAUUUGGCUCUCAGAUCUCUGAUGAGACAGCCGAGGAUGUUCUGACGCUAGCCUAUGAGCACGGCGUAAACCUGUUUGACACCGCCGAAGUGUACGCGGCAGGAAAGGCUGAGAGAACCCUAGAAAUCCUCAAGAACAAAGGUUGGAGGAGAUCGAGCUAUGUCAUCACCACCAAGAUUUUUUGGGGAGGACAGGCAGAAACUGAGCGAGGCUUAAGCCGCAAACACAUCAUUGAGGGCUUGCGAGGAUCCCUGGAACGGCUCCAGCUGGGAUACGUGGACAUCGUCUUUGCCAAUCGCUCAGACCCCAACAGUCCUAUGGAGGAGAUUGUGCGAGCCAUGACUUAUGUCAUCAACCAGGGCCUGGCCUUAUACUGGGGGACAUCCCGAUGGGGGGCAGCGGAGAUCCUGGAAGCCUACUCCAUGGCCAGACAGUUUAAUCUGAUUCCUCCAGUGUGUGAACAAGCUGAGCACCACCUGUUUCAGAGGGAGAAGGUGGAGAUGCAGCUGCCAGAGCUCUACCACAAGAUUGGUGUUGGCUCAGUCACCUGGUCCCCUUUGGCCUGUGGCCUCAUUACCAGCAAGUAUGAUGGGCGAGUCCCAGAAACCUGCAGGGCCACCACCAAGGGCUACCAGUGGCUCAAGGACAAAACUCAGAGUAAGGAUGGCAAGAAGCAACAAGCCAAAGUCAUGGACCUUCUCCCCAUCGCUCACCAGCUGGGCUGCACCCCGGCCCAGCUCGCUAUUGCGUGGUGUCUCCGCAGUGAGGGGGUCAGCUCCGUCUUGCUGGGAGUGUCCAGUGCCGAGCAGCUGAUAGAACACCUGGGCGCCCUCCAGGUGCUGAGCCAGCUGACCCCGCAGACGGUGCUGGAGAUAGACGGACUCCUGGGGAGCAAACCUCAUCCCAAGAAAUAGUCCGUCGGAGCGCAGAGACCCAAAUCCGGGGCCGCUGCACCCUCCCAAGUGCCGCUCCC